AAAUAGAACCGGGUCUCAGAUACAGUAGUGUAUAUAAUGUCUGCAGACUGUGUGUACACAAAAUGGAUUUCAGCUCGCUUUUUAGCUGUAAUACUGUGACAGUGGCCAUCGUUGUGGUAGUGUUGAUCCUGUUAUUCAGUCGGUCUCUACAAUGGCCGUCCAAUCUCCCGCCUGGUCCAACUGGUUACCCUGUCAUAGGAAGCAUUCUUUUGUUUCGAAAUGGAAACGUACAGGAGAUCUUUCGUAAACUUCGAGCUCAAUAUGGCGACAUAUUUAGUUUAAAGCUUGGGGUUAACCUUACAGUGGUUAUUAGUGGAGAAGAGGCGUUAAAAGAAGCUUUCAUCAAACAAGCGGAGGACUUCUCGGAUCGAUUAGAAAACACAAUAACUGGACAAGUUUUACUAAAUAAAGGUAUUGUUUUCUCCUCUGGGGAACAUUGGAAACAAACACGGACAUUUUCUUUGUCGACACUUCGGAACUUUGGAUUUGGAAGAAAGUCUUUAGAAUCCAGAGUACAAGAGGAAGUCGCAGCAUGCCUAGAUAUCAUCGAACAACAGAACGGACAACCUUACGACAUGAAGGAACUGACAACCAUGGCAAUAUCAAAUGUCACAUGUAGCAUUACUUUUGGAAAUAGAUUUGAUUACACUGAUGUAAAAUUCAAGCGUAUAACAUCUCUUUUCUGCGAAUGUUUUAAAUUAAUUGCGCUUGGUCGUCACGCUCAAGCUUUUCCUUAUUUGAAGUACCUUCCUGGAGAUAUGUUUAAUAUCAAGAAAUUGAUUCAGAAUACAAAGGAUAUCAGAGACUUUGUCUUUGAACAAAUAAAUGAACAUCGAAACACUUUUGAUGACGAGAAUCAGCGAGAUUUCAUCGAUGCAUUUCUAAGUCAGCAAAGUAAACAUGGCCAGGAAGAUGCCAUAUUUGAAGAUUUGAACUUGGCGGUAUCUAUCAUCAAUUUCUUUGUUGCUGGAACCACCACAACAGCCACCACGAUUCGAUGGGCGAUACUAUACCUCAUUCAUAACAAACACAUCGAGGACAAACUUCGACAGGAGAUUGAGACGGUGGUUGGAACGUCCAGACUUCCAUCAAUCGCCGACAAACCCCACAUGCCUUACCAAGAAGCGUUUAUAGCAGAAGUUCUCCGGAUGGGCAACACAGCUCCCCUCUCGGUGCCUCACGGGGCUUUAAAAGACAUUCACUUCCGUGGCAUGGUUAUCCCAAAAGGGUCUGUGAUAAUGCCGAAUCUCGACUCCGUUAUGACUGAUCCAGAACUGUUUGAAAAUCCGGAGAAAUUCGAUCCGGAGAGAUUUCUAGGAAAGGACGGAAAACUGAACGGCAAAGAACAGAAUGUCAUGGCUUUCUCACUAGGUAGGCGAAUCUGUACCGGAGAAUCUGUGGCGAGGAUGGAACUAUUUCUCUUCAUGACGUCAUUUUUGCAGAGGUUCGAGUUUCUUCCGGAAAGCCCUGAUAAACUCCCAUUUACCGGUGGAGUUUUGGAAUUGGCGCGGGUUCCAAAGGACUUCAAAUGUCGUAUAGUAAAGCUUAAAUGAAAUAUGGACACCUAUAUCAGUCGUGCCAUUGAUACAGAAACUCUUUUGUUCCAAUGCAAAGAUCCGACAUGCACAACUUUCAAACGAGGAGUUAUAAACCAUUGUUAGUGAAAUACGAAGCAUGUUAAGUGCACUAAGCUGUGAUAUUUUUAGAGCCAAUCUCAUUGAUUCGCCUGCUUGACAAUGUGGACAUUCUGGUGAAGAUUCCCAUCAUUAUUUCCUUAACUGUCCCCUGUACAAUAACUUAAGAGGAACUCUUAUUGCUGAUUUAACCUGGUACGGUCCAGUAAAUGUAGAUAAUCUUUGCAAUGGUGACACGAAUAUUUCCUCAGUUGACAAUAUAAAAAUCGCCAAAGCUGUGCAAAACUUCUUGAGAAAAUCGGGAAGAUUCGAGUAAUUAUCACUUCCUAACACAUUAAGCACGUGUUUUUGUAUCAACUGGAUUAGAAUUGUGUAUUGAGAGAAGGCCAAGAAAAGGAGAAUCUGAGAUGUGGACCAUGAUUUGAUGAACAAUUAAAAGCAGAAACGACUGCACAUCGGUCAUCAGCAAUUUAUAUAGACGUACAUAUGAUGCACAAUUGGCGAAUAUGAGCAGAGUUGUAAAAGAAAUUCAAAAUAUCCCAUCGCCAGCGAAAAAAUAAAACUUUGUGAUUCAAGUAAUAACACAAAGACGAACAGGGAGUUUGUGCAGUUGGAGUUGCUAACCACAUUUUAAUGUAUAGUAUGCAUAUGUGAUUCAUAUAUCCAAUCAUAUAAUGUAAAUAAUAAAAUCAUAUUAUGUAGUCUGUAA